AUGUUACUUAUGCAAUCUAAUAAUAAUUAUGAAUCUUUUAUGAAGUCAGAUAAAGAAGUUCCAAUUGCUGAUUUAACAGAUCAAAUUCAUAUUUACCCUUUGAUGAUUAUGAGAUUAUUGCUACUCAAUCGAGUCAGUGAAAUUAGAUACUCAGCAUUGCCAAUAAAAUAUCUACCAACUUCAAAACAAGGCAUUGCAAUUGUAUUUAACAUAGGAUCUUGGGAAUCAUAUGAUAGUUUUUUUAAUAAUUAUCAAAGAGGUCAUCCUAGUAGAGGUGGAUUUUUGCAUCAUUAUUCUGAUAAUACUGUUCAAGAAGGAUCUAUAAUUAAACAUCAAUGUAAUAUAAAAUAUUAUAAAAUUAUACCUUAUAAUAUUAAAGAAUGUCCUUAUGUAAUUCUUAUUAGUAAAGGAAUACAUAAGCAUUCACCUCCUCUACCUACUAAAAUUCCUAAUGAAACUACUAAUAAGUUAAAAGAUAUUAUUAAAGAAUCAUCUGAAGAAUUAGUAAAUAUUACAUCACAAAAGCUUGUUUCAA